GGAACUUCCGGCGAAGUGAGACUGAAGCCGCAAUGGCGUCGGUGUUUGCUGAGCCGGGGGCAGGGCGCCAGCAAUCCGCAUCCAUCGGCGCCGGGAGCGGCCGGCCGCGGCCCCUGGGCUUCUAACCCCGGCGCCGGCAGUCCAAAGCACCCGCUGGCAGAGCCGUUGGCCGAGAGUCACUGCGACAUCAUUGAUACAAACUUAAAAUCUGUCCCCAGAAACAAGUUUUUUUUCCCCUCUCUCUGCCGUUCGCCCGUCCCAAAUUUGCCGGACUCGAACUCAACCCAGAACGAAAUAAAAUAAGUUUUUCUUUUACGUUGGGGACGGCGCCCUGUCCUUGUUGUUUUUUUUUAACCCAAAAAAAAAGAAACAACCCUCCCCCACCACCCCCCCCCAACCCACCACCCCACCCCCCAUCCCUCUCCAGGAGCCCAAACACUGCCAGGGAAAUUGCAAGCCCCAGGCACCAGAGGUGCUCACUGCACAGCCCGAAGUUGUUGAGAGAAACUGGGUAAAGGUUAUGGAAGAGACAGAGCACUUGGGGUGAAUGUUGGCCCAGAGGAUCAGGGCAGCCGACAGCUCACUCAGCCCCUUUUAAUUUUCUUGCUUUUUUUUUUGGAUUUUUUUUGUCUCUUGGCAUGCCAGGCUCGGAGAGAGCCGGGAGCAAGGCGGACGGAGGCAGUGGUCUGGGCCCCAGCAGCAGGGAGCGGCGCAAAGCAGCCUCCAGGCACAGGCGCCGCCGGGUCAAGCACGGCCGGGAAGCCCAGGGUCCGGCCGCUCAGCCCCCGCUCACCAAGGUGAAGUCGCUGGUGGAGUACGACGACAUCAGCUCAGACUCGGACGCCUUCUCCGAGGCGACCGUCCGCUCUGAGCGGAGGGAGAAGGAGGAGCGGGCGGGCUCGGACAAGUCGGCCAAAGCCCACAAGCACCACCACCACCACCCACACAAACGGGCCAAGGAGCGCAGGUCGAAGGAGGCCGACAGGGCCAAGGAGCGGGGCAGGAGGCCGGAGUCUGGCAAGUCCAGCUCCAGCAGAGAGAGGGCCUCGUCCAAGAGGCAGGGCGCUGAGGAGGAGGACGGCGGAGGUAAGAAAGGGUGGGCGUCACCCACCGCCAAGCACGGCGGCAGCAGGGACUCCAAGUCUGCCAAAUCGUCCAAGGAGCGGGCCAAGAAGGAGAAGGAGCAGCGGUCCACGCACAGGGAGCAGCUGAAGACCCAGAGGAAAUGCAAGGAAGCCCCCCGGGGCUAUCGAACGUCCCCCAGCCCCAAAAAGAAAGGCGGGAGUCCACGGCGCAGGCGUUCUUCCAGCCCGACCAGGGACGACAGCCCCUUUGGGGGCUACGGCAAGGGGUACGAUGCCAGCCCGCUGUACCGCUCCCGGACUUCCAGCACAUACGACGGCUACCGGCGGAGUCCCGGCGAUUCCCUCCGGAAGCAGUCGGUCAGCCCUCCUUACUACAGCUCCCGGGAGCCUGCGGCCUAUCACACUGGAUAUAACAUGCGGUCGCCCAGCCCUUAUGGCAGGAGGCAGCGGUCCUCGAGCCCUUACAGCAGACACCGGUCGCCCAGUUACGACAGGCACAGCAGCUCGUACGAGUACGGCGGGAGGUCGGCGAGCCCCUACGGCAGGAGGCGGUCGAUAAGCCCCUACAGCAGCAGGAGAUCCUUCAGUCAAAGUCCGGUGACCAGAAGGUCGGCGAAGUCGAGGAGCCGGAGCCCGCUGUACCUGAGGCACUCGCGGUCGCACAGUAAGCACAGACAGUCCCGGUCUCCCAGCCGGCACUCGAGCAUCUCCCCCGGGCGGUUCGCCCUCACGUCGAGCCUGGGCGCAGAGCUGAGCAAGACGAAGCGGGCCAGAGCCGCAGUGGCGGCCAAGGUCAGCGCGAAAGACUGCAAAGAGCCGAAACUGUCGGGCGGCGGCAGCACGCACGCGGCUGGCUCCACGGCGCUGAAGGAUGUCAAAAAGCUGACUAAGUUGAUAAAGUCCGAGAAGCCCCCCUCGCCCGCUGAAACCUCGCACUCAGCGGCCGGGAAGAAAGGCAAAGAAGCUGCGGACGAGAUGAUCCCGGAGAUGAAAGUGAAGGCCGAGCAGGAGGAGGGAGAGGUGGUGGCGGUGGCCGUCAAAGAGUCAAAGUCGCCGGCAGUGAAGUGCGAGUCGGCUACGCCAAAGGACAGGGGUCUACCGCCGUUACCAAACGAAAAUGAAGUCGAGAAGCCUCCGCUCCCUCCCGCUGCCUCUGGCCCUCCGCCGUUACCUCCAUCCUCUCCUCCGCUUGUACUACCUCCUAUCCCGGAGCAGCAGCCCCCCCUGCCGCCACCGGCUUCGGAGCAGCCGCUGCCCGUGCCCGAGAGUCGGACUGAACCGCCGGCGCCCGCCUGGCAGCUGGCCGUGCCCUCGGCCCCCCCUCCGCUGCCCUCGCCGCCGGCCCCCGGGACCAACCCCGCCUCGGCCCCGGCCAGCGCCCAGCACCACCCGCUGCGGAUGACCGUGCUGACCAGCGGGCUCCCCAUGCCUCCGAUGCUCAACUCGGUGCUGCCCCUGCUGACGUCAACUCUCCCCCCGCUGCCGUUGCCCCCGCUGCUGCUGGGCGAGGACGACAUAGAGAGCCCCAAGGAAAGUCACACAGCCAAACCAGCCAAGAAAGAGAGAGACCAAAGAACACGGCAUUUACUGAUGGACCUGCCUCUCCCCCCGGAACUCACCGGAACGGAUCCCUCACCGCCGGAUUCCCCCGAGCAGAGGACUCCGCCCCAGCCUCAGCCCGUCCUCAAAAAGCGGCCCAAAAUCUGUUGUCCUCGCUACGGAGAGAGGAAGGAGACUGAGAGUGACUGGGGCAAGCGAUGCGUGGAUAAAUUUGACAUCAUCGGCAUCACUGGAGAAGGGACGUAUGGGCAGGUUUACAAAGCCAAGGACAAGGACACAGGUGAGAUGGUGGCGCUCAAAAAGGUUCGGCUAGAUAACGAAAAGGAAGGCUUUCCGAUCACAGCCAUUCGAGAAAUUAAAAUCCUCCGCCAGCUCAACCACACCAGUGUUGUCAACAUGAAGGAAAUCGUGACGGACAAGCAGGAUGCCCUGGACUUCAAAAAGGACAAAGGGGCCUUCUACCUUGUCUUCGAGUACAUGGACCAUGAUUUGAUGGGGCUUUUGGAGUCGGGACUGGUGCAUUUCACUGAGGACCACAUCAGAUCCUUCAUGAGGCAGCUGAUGGACGGCCUGGACUACUGUCAUAAGAAAAACUUCCUGCACCGCGAUAUCAAAUGCUCCAACAUCCUCCUCAACAACAGUGGGCAGAUCAAACUGGCGGAUUUCGGCUUGGCACGAUUGUACAACUCUGAAGAAAGCCGUCCCUACACGAACAAGGUGAUCACGCUGUGGUAUCGGCCACCGGAACUGCUGCUGGGGGAGGAGCGGUACACGCCAGCCAUCGACGUUUGGAGUUGCGGGUGCAUCCUCGGGGAACUCUUCACGAAAAAGCCGAUCUUCCAGGCCAAUCAGGAGCUGGCUCAGCUUGAGCUCAUCAGCCGGUUGUGCGGCAGCCCUUGUCCAGCUGCCUGGCCGGAUGUCAUUAAGCUGCCUUACUUCCACACCAUGAAGCCCAAGAAACAGUACCGGCGACGCCUCCGCGAGGAAUUCGCUUUGUAAGUUCACGGUCGGCGGGAACGUGCAAUUCCGUGGUGGGGUGCUUCUUGCAAAUGCCCCGGGAUAUUUGAUGGGACUGUCUGG